GCUGUUGGAUAAAACCUUUGUUUAAAUGGACUCACUGUGCAUAUAAGUUAAGUCAGCACUUGGUGGAAAUAUGUGCAUUGGGUGAAAGCCCUGCAGUUUGUUCGUGACUUCAUCCAUCCACCAGCAGCAUCGUGCGCUCUGGCGUUUCACUGACCCGCAGACGUCUUCUCUCCGCCGGAUCAUGUGGAUUAUUUUGGCGUUUAUACUGGCAACGGCCGGUCCUGAUGGGAGCUGGGGGUGUCAGCUGCCGCACGACUGGAGACCACAGACAGAAGCGUGCCGCGCCGAGCUGGCCGAGAUCAUAGUCUUCGCCAAGGUGUUGGCGCUGCACAAGGAGUCGUACAGCGUGUAUAACUACCUGCCGUGGCAGCACGACACAGACUUGCUCUUCUCCGCCGAGAUCGAGCUGCUGUGCGACCAGGCGUGGGGCAGCAUGCUGGAGGUCCCCGCCGGCUCCAGGUUCAAUGUCACUGGCCUGGGCUACUUCCCCUGCCACUCCUACAGUGUUACCAAAAACAACAAUUAUUACUUCUUUCUCAGGAUGGAUGAAAACUACAAUAUCAUCCCCCAUGGAGUGAACUUCCAGGAUCCCAUCUUCCCGGACACUACUGAGAACCACCGCAUGUUUUCCAGCCUUUUCCAGUUUUCCAACUGCACGCCUGGUACUCAGGUCCACAGCUACACUCCAGAGUGGGAAGCUCAGGAAGACAGCCGGUUGUUGUGCUCCACGGUGCAGAAGGCUCUGUUUGAGGAGGAGGAGAGGGUCAGGACUCUCUCCCAGAAGGUGCGGUCCUUGGAGAAAGCCAAUGGCCACCUGCGGGAAAAGGUGAAGACCAUGAAACGUCAGUUGCGCCAGGCCCAACGAGAUACAACAAAGGAGCAACAGACCCUCAGCCUCAAACAGCUCUAUGAAUCAAAGACCCCCCAAACCCAUCCGGAUCAGGACACUACCCAGGACCAGAAGAGCCCUGCGCUCAAAAAGGCCCUUUCCAAGAAGCUAAAAAACUAAAGUUUUCUUCAACUGAAAACUAUAUAAACCAACCUGGGCUCCCAAUGAAGCAUCAGAGACA